AUGAAGGUUUAUGUAUACAAUCUCCCGCCAAAGUACAACAAGGAUUGGCUAUCGAACAAGCGCUGCAACAGCCACUUGUUUGCGUCGGAGGUCGCAAUCCACAGAGCUCUACUGAGGAGCGACGUGAGAACAAAGAACCCACGGGAGGCCGACUUCUUCUUUGUCCCUGUUUACGUCUCGUGCAACUUCAGCACACUCAAUGGCUUUCCCGCCAUCGGCCACGCGCGAUCUCUCAUAUCCUCUGCCAUCAAACUCAUUUUUUCUCACUUCCCUUUCUGGAAUCGUACCCGUGGGGCUGACCACGUCUUCGUUGCUUCCCAUGAUUUUGGCUCUUGUUUUCACACACUGGAAGAUGUGGCGAUGGCGGAUGGGGUUCCCGAAUUUUUAAAAAACUCAGUGAUUUUGCAGACAUUUGGGGUGAAACACGAGCACCCAUGCCAGGAAGUCGAGAAUGUCAUCAUCCCGCCGUACAUUCCACCGGAAACCGUGCGCGCCACACUUGAAAGUUACCCGGUGACCGGCCGCCGGGACAUUUUUGCCUUCUUCAGGGGCAAAAUGGAACUCCACCCCAAGAAUGUCAGCGGUCGUUUCUAUAGCAAGCGGGUGAGAACGGAGAUAUGGCGGAGAUACGGCAGCGACCCGCGGUUCUACUUGCGGCGGCAUAAGUUCUCUGGCUACCAAUCUGAGAUAGCGCGGUCAAAGUUCUGCUUGUGCCCAUUGGGGUGGGCCCCGUGGAGCCCGAGGCUCGUGGAGUCAGUGGCCCUAGGCUGCGUCCCCGUGAUUAUAGCCGACAGCAUCCGGCUGCCCUUCCCGGCCGCCGUGCCCUGGGCGGAGUUAUCCCUCACCGUGGCAGAGGAUGACGUGGCCAGGCUAGGGCACAUCCUGCAACACGUGGCAGCUACUAAUUUAACGGUGAUACAGAGAAAGCUGUGGGAUCCGUCAGUUAGAAAGGCGCUGUUGUUCAAUGUCCCGAGUUGGGAGGGAGACGCCACGUGGCAGGUUUUGGAGGCGCUCUCAGGGAAGCUCGUGCGGUCCCACAGGAGGUCAAGCGCUUGA